AUGCAACUAAGACACCUUCACCUUUAUGGUGAAAUUGAUGAAGACCUAUACAUGGAACAACCACCCGGUUUUGUGAAUCCAGAAACCAUAGAUUUGGUAUGCAAGCUUCAGGAGGGCCUAUAUGGACUUAAACAAGCUGCCAGAGCCUGGAAUGAGAAAAUAAAUCAAGUCCUUUUACAUGGAGGAUUUUCCAGAAGCAAGGCAGAUCCAUGUCUUUACAGUAAGAAAGAAACCAACAGAUGGAUAUACGUAUUGAUCUAUGUGGAUGAUGUGCUAGUCGGUUAUGAGCAAGAAGGGGACAGUGAUGAUAUUGUUCAAAGACCACAGGCAAACUUUGAAAUGAAUCACCUUUUGAGGGACUCUCAAGAUCAGGGCAUCAUUGAAUUGCAACAGUGCCCUAGUGAAAAAUGUGCCCCGUAUUGUGAAACUCACGCAUAUGUGCAGAGCAGCGCAGCGGAGCUCAAGGGUGCAAUCUUCCACAUCUUCAGUUUUCUCAGGAUCCUCUUCUUCCCUUCGGCCAUUUAUGGAGUUUCCAGCACAUGUGCAGUUGACGUGCACACCAGCCUGGCACCGGACUGUGCAUGUGCCAUAUAUCUCCGUGUCAGCGUUCCCUUCCGUAAGAAAACCAAGAUGGGGUAUGAACUCGCCGAGACAAAUGCAAAAGCUUUUCUUCGGUCUCAUCCAAGUUCAGGACAAGGGAAUCUCUAUGUGGCAUGGACUAAUAGAAUGGGGAUCUACUGCCGUUCUUUCAACAGUUGGACAGAUGUAGCGGUUGCCUCACAAUCUGUCCGCAGCCCUGCGACUCCCCAUUGCCCUUCAGUAUCAAGACACUCAGAGCAGCGGCUGAGACCCCACAUUUGCACGGCAUGUCGGGCCUGUGUGAGUAUGGGCCAAAUAACCUCCAUUCCUAGUGUUGCUACAAGCUCAUCACUGCUGCCACUGGACAGGCUCAGUCACUUUCCCUACUGCUCCAGCAAAGCCAAGAAGGGCUGCCAUACAGAGAAACACAAAUACAGAGCAACCGAGAAGUCUUCAGAUUCUGGAAAACUGAUAUCGUGCAGCCUUCGCAGAGAUUUCUACACGCAAGAAUCUACUGGAGAGCGCAAUCCAAGCUCCUCCCCCAGACGCCCAGGUUCCUUGGACUCAAAAACACGAAUCCUCCCACGUCUCCCAGUAAGGAGCCAAUCAGAGCUCAGCCUCCCCCAGAACUUGUGCUUCUCUGAUACAGAAUUAAGGAAGUGGAUCCUACAUUUCGGCGGAGAUGAGCAGGCAGCCUUUAUGGCCAGAGGACUUCAGAAAUUACACUUGGCAUAUGAAGAAGGCAAAGCUGAAAUGGGAAGACAAGCUAAACACAAAGGAUGAUUUGUCACAGAAUAUUAAAUGGCCUCCCCCUGCAGUGCAUUGUGGGCAAAGAGCAAACAUGAAUGGAGUCUUUGAAAUAUCUAUGAAUGGACCACAUUUUAAUUCUUAUCAUUCCAGAACAUCAUGUAAAGUGAUAAUGUACCAUAUUUUCUACUGGGCCAGUCAGUAGCCUAUAGGGGGGCGGGCCCUGGUGCGUGACGCGCAGCCGGGUCCCGCCACCCUCCGUACGGCCGCAUUUGGCCGCAUUUUCAGCGGCGAACGGACUGCCAGGGGGGCCCUGAGGGGGUGCGGGCCCUGGCCCGCUCGCACCCCCUGCUCCCCCGGUAGUUCCGCCACUGGGGCCAGUUUCACCAUCCAUUAAAUUAUUUGCUAUGAAGCCCAUCCUAAUGUAGAUAACUCAGGUAUGGUCAACCCAUAGCCUUCCAGAACUAGAACAACUGACUGUCAGGGGCUGCUGGGAAUUGUAGCUCACCACAUAUGCAGACCCCAUAGGAUGCCGGGCAUUGCACUAUCCGCUGUUAGGAAUCAUGAUCCCUUAUAAUUAGUAUUUAUUAUUCAGGAAAGUGAUUUGUAUUUCUUAUGAUGAAGUUGUAUGUUUAAAUAUAAAAUGAAUCUGUAUCUAA